UGAGGAUCUGUGUUCAUGUCCCGAAGACCACUGACACUCACGAGCCAACCAGUCUAGCUAAGUCAAUGAGCCUCAGAUUCAAGGAGAGAAGACCUUGUCUCAAAAAAUGGAGUCAUAGGAUGGCAAAAUGGCUCAUCAGGGGCGGGCACCUACCACCAAGCCUGAGUUCUGUCCCUGGCCCCACAUGGUAGAAGGAGAGAACGGAUCUGCAAGAUGUUCUCUGACCUACAGUCGGUGGGGCACCCACAUAAAUAAAUAAAUGGUUAAUUUUUUUGUUUUUGUUUUUGUUUUUUUCAAGACAGGGUUUCUCUGUAUAGCCCUGGCUGUCCUGGAACUCACUCUGUAGAACUCAGAAAUCCGCUUGCCUCUGCCCCCCAGUGCUGGGAUCAAAGGUGUGCGCCACCACGCCCGGCGGUUAAUUUUUUUUAAAGGCAGAAAGAGAUCAAGGAGGAUGCCUAAUGUUAACCUCUGACCUCCAUGUGCAUAUGUGAACACACCCAUAGGAACACAUAUAUAUACCAAAAUACACAUACAGAGAGAAAGAGAGAGAGAGACCACUACCACACAGCAACAGCAGCUGAAACAGCUACAAGAAAAAAAAAAAAAGGUAGAGAAACUUCUUCACCUCCCUGCCCCCCACCUCACUGGCUUCUCCUCAGAGGUGGCCAUCUGGCCCUCAUUCCAGUCCUCUGCCCCCUUUCAUUCCAAAGUCAGAGCUCCUCUGUUUCAUUUUCCACGUAACAUAAUUUUAGCCAUAACAGUUACCUCUAGUCAUUCCUCAGCUUUGCAUUCUGAUCUUGGGGAUAAAGUCCAAGGUCCCCUCAUGUCAUCCUGGCCUUUACAGAACAGCAGCCCUGUAGGCUCAGCAGGAGCCCGCUUACUUAUACGAGAUGCUCCUUCCCUUCAGAACUCUCCCCUUUGCUUAGCUUCAUAGUGAUAGCUUUUAUUUACUUACUUUUUUUAAAGAUCUAUUUAUCUUUUAUUUCAUGUGCAUGGGUAUUUGCCUACAUUGUGCCUAGUGAUUAGGAGGCCAAAGAAAGGGUCAAAUCUCUUGGAACUGGAGUUACAGAAGGUUAUAGAAGGUUAGCAUCAUAUAGGUGCCAGGAACUGAAUGAACCUAGUUCUUCUGUAAGAACGGCACGUGCUUUUAACUGAUAAGCUAUUUCUUCAGCCAAUUAUUUAUGUAUUCCUUUAUAUAUUUACUUAUUUUCCCCUGAGACAAAAUCUCACUAUAUAGUUAUAUAGUCCUGGAAGCCUUGAAACUUUUAUUUUUUUGCAGGGUGAACCGACAAUGGAGGUCUCUCUAUGUAAUCCUAACUUUCUUGGCACUUGCUAUGUAGACCAAGCUGGCCUAGAACUCACAGAGAUAAGCCUGCCUCUGCCACGGGAAGGAAUGCUGGGAUUAAAGGUGUGCCCCGCCACACCCAGCUGGUCUCUGAGCAUGCUAGGCUGACUUUGAACUUAUAGUAAUCCUGCUUGUGGUUCUCAAACUCUGGGAGUAUAGGUGUGUACCACCACACACAGCUUCUACAUACCUGUGCAAAAACUUUACAUGUACUUAUAUGCUAAGCAUUAAUAGGCUCUAAAGGAAUUUUUUAGAUUUAUUCUUUUACUUGUAUUUAUGUGAGUGCCUGCCUGUAUGUACAUGUACUGCAUUCAGAUUCCCUGGACCUGGAGUUAUAAGGGAUUAUAAUCUGCCACAUGGUUGCUGGGAAUCAAACCCAGUCUCUCUGUAAGAGCAGCAAGUGUUCUUGACCGCUGAGCUCUCUCUCCAACCCCUUGUGUUAAUAGACUUUAUUAGGCUACUUAUAGAUUAAAAUUCAGCGAAGAUAGCAGGAUGACAGUUGUGGAGGCAGGAAAUUCUGAACUAGACCGUCAUGAGCGUAAAAGCAUGUGGCGUUUGCUUAUCUAUGCCUUGAAUUCAUGUGCUUAUUCAACAGACAGGUAUUGAGCAUUUAGUCUGUGCCAUGUUAGACGUCAUUUAAAGGUCUUGUUCUCAUAAGGCUUGUGUAUAGGGAAAGACAGACACUAAAUGAAGAAACAGGCAAAAUGCCUGAGACUAGAGUGUUUGGAAUCCUCCCUUUUUUAGAUUAUGGAAUAUUUGCAGAAAAAUAUAUCUUAGGAAUAAAGCCAUAAAGCCCAAAUCUUUUUUUUUUUUUUUUUGGCUUUUCAAGACAGGGUUUCUCUGUGUAGCCCUGGCUGUAGACUAGGCUGGCCUCAACCUCAAAGAUCCACCUGCCUUUGACUUCCAAGUGCUGGGAUUAAAGGCACAAGCCACCACCCACCCAGCUGUGGCUGACUUCAAAAUUGUUAAAAUCCUCCUGCUUCCGCCUCCCAAAUGCUGAGAUUAAAGGUGUGUACCACCACUUUCCAGCUUUUUUUUUUUGGUUUUUGGGGUUUUUUGGUUUUUUGUUUUUGUUUGUUUUGUUGUUGUUGUUGUUUUUUGGCUUUUUUUUUUUUUUUUUUUUUUUUGGUUUUUCGAGACAGAGUUUCUCUGUAUAGCCCUGGCUGUCCUGGAGCUCAGAAAUCCACCUGCCUCUACCUCCCGAGUGCUGGGACUAAAGGCGUGCGCCACCACGCCCGGCUUUUUUUUUUUUUUUUUUAAAAGACCGGUCUCACUAUGUAGCCCUGGCUGGCUUGGAACUUGCAAUAUCCAUUUGGUUGGUCACAAAUACUCAGGGGGGAUCGGUCUCCCAAGUGCUGAGACUAAAGGUGUGAGUCACUACACCUAGCAAGGCUUCUUUAUUUAAUAUAGUCACCAGAAAUUAUUCUCAGAGGUAAGGAGGGACUCUUACUUGUAUACCAUGGUAACCAUGGCAACCAUGGCAUCUGCUGGGGGGGGAGCUCUGAUUAGCCAUUUAUUGGAAUGAAUUGAUUGAUUAAAUACUUAUAUUUCCUCAAUUGUUUGCUUCAACCAGUAGACGAGUAUCUGUCUAGCUUUUGCUAAUUUCUGGUUUGAGUGAAUAUAAGGAUAGAAAAAAAAAUGGUCCCUGGCACUUAUGGAGUAAGGAAAUACUGCUAUAACUCCACAUAUUUAGUCUCAUGAGAUAACAUGAUCUUCAAAUGGUCAGUGAAACCUUCAUUUGGGUAAAAAGUCAAUGAUUACCCUUCAUCAUCUAAGCGUAAACUCUUAACUAGCGUUUACAUAGUAACAAAAACAUUGUUUCACAUGCACAGAUGCAUUCUCUUUGUGUUGUGCCAUGAGUCGCCACGAGAUGCCUUGUAAGGACAUCACUAGAGAUAGCUCCCUUAUACAAGAACCAUGAGCCCAAAUACACCUUUCUUCUCCUCUUCUCCUUUUGCACAAACUAAGCUGUAGGCGUGCCACCAGAACAAAACAGGAGCGGACAGUCACGUUUUGUUUUAUAAAAGCUUUGGCAAGAUUUGUUCAUCUUUUCAAAAACAGUCUCAUCACCUAAGAUACCACCACCAUUUCUAAUGACCUCCAAAAUCCAACCUCAAGGUUAUAUGUUCUUAAAACUUUCGUAUGUCUUACGUAUUCAGCUCAACCAUGUAUUGGGCCACCUAGUAGCUGUACUUUAGCAUCCCUUUGUGUAGAUUUGGGCAUUUCAUGGAUGUUUUAAACAUUAUACCUGCGUGUGGGUCUUGGGGAGGACAUGACUCAAUCCAUACACUGCAGAAAGAGAAUCAUACAGGUGCGUGCUGCUGGUCCUCCAAACGCAAGGGGACGCUGUGACACCUUGCGGGCGGCUCCAGGUCACUCUGGUGUGACUGCCCCGCCUUGGGCCCCCGGGGCAGAGUGGGCGGGCACGACUGCGCCCAGGUCUCGAGGCGCCCUUCGACCAGCAGCGCCCGGGGCGGGAGGGUAUAAAUGGAGCGGUGGCGGCUCCAGCCGCCUCUCUCCGCCCCGGGUCGCAGCCAUCAGUGUUGCGUUUGGGCUCAGCACGCCUGAAGCAGAAAAAAGAAAAAGCUUAAAAAAAACACAAAAGCCUCAAAAACCUUAAAAAAAAAAAAAAGAAAAGAAAAGAAGAGGAAAAAAAAAAGCAAAAGGGAAAAAAAGAAGAAAAAGAACCAGACAGCGACUUGUGCUGGGAGCCCGUGGGGAAGUGACUUUCACAGCUUCCGGCCUGCCUGUCCGUCAGCGUCUGUCUGUCCGUCCGGUGGUGAGCCAUCCCCCUCGGCCCGGCCCGCCCCUGCACGCCUCUGCGCCGCGUGGCAGCCCCGCGCCCCGGCUGGCCGCACCACGUGUCCGCACUGCCCUUCGCCGGCACCCGCAAAGAUUUGGUUUCCCCCUUCCUGGGCUGCUGUAACUGUAAACCGCCGGGAGUCCGGGGCCUAUAUUUAUCACGAAACGCGUGUUCCCAAGGCGGCCGUGAGCGCAGCAUCUGAUUGCCUCUUGAAAAUUUUUUGCCCCCUUUACGAGGGGAUUUCCUACUUUAAUUUUUAUUUUUUAAGCCUCAAGCCAGGACAGCUGGAGAGUACAAACUCCAGGAGCGGGCCAUAUUGUUUUUGAGAGCCUUUUGUCUUGGGGCUUUUGCAGUCCCGUGCAAGUCGUCCCGCACACGGGUCCCGGCUCGGAGCCUCCCUGCUCCAGCCUUCUCCGGCGUCGCUGGUGCCACCUGUGCGCUGCGGCGCGUGCCAUAGCUCCUCGGAGCCCCUUUUGUCCUGCAGUAGGCCUUGUUAGAAGUCCUCCUGGCGGGGCUCGGGGUCGUGGGGGGUGGGGAGAUGAACGCUGCAGCCAGCAGCUACCCCAUGGCCUCCUUAUACGUGGGCGAUUUGCACUCGGACGUCACCGAAGCCAUGCUGUAUGAAAAGUUUAGCCCUGCGGGGCCUGUGCUGUCCAUCCGGGUCUGUCGCGAUAUGAUCACCCGGCGCUCUCUGGGUUAUGCCUACGUCAACUUCCAGCAGCCAGCUGACGCUGAGAGGGCCUUGGACACCAUGAACUUCGACGUGAUGAAGGGAAAGCCGAUCCGCAUCAUGUGGUCGCAGAGGGAUCCCUCGUUGAGAAAAUCUGGGGUGGGAAAUGUCUUCAUCAAGAACCUGGACAAAUCCAUAGACAACAAGGCACUGUAUGACACUUUCUCUGCCUUUGGAAACAUCUUGUCCUGUAAGGUGGUCUGUGAUGAGAACGGCUCUAAGGGCUAUGCUUUUGUUCACUUCGAGACCCAAGAGGCCGCCGACAAGGCCAUCGAGAAGAUGAAUGGCAUGCUUCUCAAUGACCGUAAAGUGUGAGUGUCCCAGUCUGGAGCAACAACCAUCGCAUGAGCCAGCCAUGGCCCCACCUCGGUAUUAACUGGCACACACAAGGCGGCUACUGGUUCUCUCGGCCCAAGUGUGGCCUGCUCCUACCUCUCCACUCCAGGGCUGGUUCGUGGGUAGAUUCAAGUCUCGCAAAGAGCGGGAAGCGGAGCUUGGAGCCAAGGCCAAGGAAUUCACCAAUGUUUAUAUCAAAAACUUUGGAGAAGAGGUGGAUGAUGGGAAUCUGAAAGAGCUCUUCAGCCAGUUUGGUAAGACCCUAAGUGUCAAGGUGAUGAGAGACUCCAGUGGGAAGUCCAAAGGCUUUGGCUUUGUAAGUUACGAGAAACACGAGGAUGCCAAUAAGGCUGUGGAAGAAAUGAAUGGAAAGGAAAUGAGCGGGAAAGCCAUAUUUGUAGGCCGUGCACAGAAAAAGGUAGAAAGGCAGGCUGAGCUGAAGCGGAAGUUUGAGCAGCUCAAGCAGGAGAGGAUUAGCCGGUACCAGGGGGUGAAUCUCUACAUUAAGAACUUGGAUGACACCAUUGAUGAUGAGAAAUUGAGGAGAGAGUUUUCUCCCUUUGGAUCAAUCACCAGCGCGAAGGUGAUGCUAGAAGAUGGGAGAAGCAAAGGGUUUGGCUUUGUCUGUUUCUCCUCUCCUGAAGAGGCGACCAAAGCUGUCACCGAGAUGAAUGGACGCAUUGUGGGCUCCAAGCCUCUGUACGUCGCCCUGGCCCAGAGGAAGGAAGAGCGGAAGGCUCAUCUGACCAACCAGUACAUGCAGCGUGUGGCGGGGAUGAGAGCACUCCCUGCCAGUGCCAUCUUAAAUCAGUUCCAGCCUGCAGCUGGUGGCUAUUUUGUGCCUGCAGUUCCGCAGGCUCAGGGAAGACCCCCAUAUUACACGCCUAACCAGUUAGCACAGAUGAGGCCUAAUCCACGCUGGCAGCAAGGCGGGAGACCUCAAGGCUUCCAAGGAAUGCCAAGUGCCCUGCGGCAGUCUGGGCCUCGUCCAGCUCUUCGACAUCUGGCUCCAACUGGUAAUGCUCCGGCCUCUCGUGGCCUUCCUACUACUGCUCAGAGAGUCGGGUCUGAGUGCCCGGACCGCUUGGCUAUGGACUUUGGUGGGGCUGGUGCCGCCCAGCAAGGGCUGACUGACAGCUGCCAGUCUGGAGGCGUCCCUACAGCCGUGCCAAACCUUGCACCUCGGGCCGCAGUUGCUGCCGCCGCUCCCAGGGCUGUGGCUCCAUACAAGUACGCCUCCAGUGUCCGCAGCCCACACCCUGCCAUCCAGCCGCUGCAGGCCCCCCAGCCUGCAGUCCACGUCCAGGGUCAGGAGCCCCUGACUGCCUCCAUGCUUGCUGCAGCGCCCCCCCAGGAGCAGAAGCAGAUGCUGGGGGAGCGUCUGUUCCCGCUUAUCCAAACAAUGCAUUCAAACCUGGCUGGGAAAAUCACCGGGAUGCUGCUGGAAAUCGACAACUCUGAGCUGCUGCACAUGCUGGAGUCCCCCGAGUCCCUCCGCUCCAAGGUAGAUGAAGCGGUGGCAGUCCUGCAGGCUCACCAUGCCAAGAAAGAAGCUGCCCAGAAGGUGGGCACUGUUGCUGCUGCUACCUCUUAGACAAGAAAAAAAGAGUCGAAAGCCAAAUAACCCCUCAUGGCAUCCAGCUAAGGUCUGAAGACAUCCUAGUUUGUCUGUGGACCUCCACACCAAGAACCAAGUUGCAAAUUCAAUAGGUCAUUUUGUAUCAGAAGGUCAAUUAUGAAGCACCUAUAAGUUUUUCAAUUAUAAGAAUAUAUUCUCUGGGUUCUGUUGUGACCCAGAUGAUAACUUUUUUUUUUCUAUUAUGGGUUCUGGUUUUUUUUUUCCCUCAUCCCAGAAAUUGGUUUUGAUGUACCCAAGACUUAAGUUUCUCAAAUAAAGGAAAUAAAAUCUCCAUAAAUAUGGCUGAA